GGUGGACAUGUUCAGGACAGCCCAGAACGUGAUUUUAAGGCGGGGUCUCUCAAAAUAGUCUUCCAGUGGCCAGGUUAUGAUUUUUCGGAUGUUCUUCAUGCCAGACACAUCACAAUCAAUCCGAAUACCAAACAGGAACUCGUAACUGCACUAUGCACUGCAUUGCAUAAAUUUUACUUGUCUGCAUCAAAAAUAACACCUUCAGUCGAAUCUGGCUCUUGGGCCCUCUCUUCACGAGUCCGCUUAGGAGAUAUCAUGCUCACGUCCAUACAUUUCGACGCUGGUGUGUGGUUUCCGCAGUUUUAUGUACUCCGGAAGUAGUAGUAUUGUUGGAUUCGUUGAGUCGAAUUCGCGCUUAUAACACAUAAUAAUACAUGUAUAAUAUAGCAGGACACAUGUCAUACACCUGUAGGUAGUGAAUAUGAGAAAACGCACAAAGGACUUUCCUGCCGCGUGUGCAGGUCC